AUUUUGCCCCAUAUUUUAGUUUAUUAAGUAUAGUUUAAUUUAAUGAAAUGAAAAGUAAAUAAACAUUUUGAUAGAAAGAGAGGCUGCCAUCAAGUGUGAAUAACUAAUAAAUAUAGAAAGAGAAACGAAACUAAACCCUAGAUUUCAUUCUGACUGAAAGCAAAGAUUAUUUUGUAUUUUUGGCCAACUAACACUUUGCUUCGUUACAUGAAUUUUUUCAGUUAUUAUUGAUAAAGAUCCUUUUGAAUUUUGCUCAGUCUGAUAAUCAAGAAGUGGCUGUUGGGUUUGGUUGGUGGGUGUGGUUCAUUUCAAGGAAGUUGUUUUGAGUUUUGUUUUUAGCAGAAAAAAAGGUUUCUGUUUGGUCUGUCUGCUUAUUUGAGGAUUUGCUGAAGGAGUUUGUGCAAAUUAAGGUUUGUAGAGAUGAUGUCCAAAUCGUAUACAAACUUGCUAGAUCUAGCAUCUGGAAAUUUCCCUGUGAUGGGGCGCGAAAAGAAGCGGCUGCCACGGGUAAUGACAGUUGCUGGAGUUAUUUCUGAGCUUGAUGAUGAUCAAGCUAAUAGUGUUACAUCAGAUGUUCCAUCAUCAAUUGUUGUAGAUCGAAUAAUUAUAGUGGCUAAUCAGCUCCCUGUAAAAGCUAAACGUAGGUCGGAUAAUAAAGGAUGGAGUUUUAGUUGGGAUGAGGAUUCAUUGUUGUUGCACAUAAAAGAUGGUUUGCCAGAUGAUAUGGAAGUUAUCUAUAUUGGUUCUUUAAAGGUUGAAGUUGAUUUAAGUGAACAGGAUGAUGUUUCACAGUUACUGCUGGAUAAGUUUAAAUGUGUUCCUGCUUUUCUACCACCAGACAUUUUAUCUAAAUAUUAUCAUGGUUUUUGCAAACAGCAUUUAUGGCCACUUUUCCAUUAUAUGCUUCCCUACUCGGCCAGUCAUGGCAAUCGAUUUGAUCGGUCGUGGUGGGAGGCAUAUGUUGCAGCAAAUAAGAUAUUUUCCCAGAAGGUGAUUGAGGUGAUAAAUCCAGAGGAUGAUUAUGUAUGGAUUCAUGAUUAUCAUUUAAUGGUUUUACCUACAUUCUUGCGUAGGCGUUUCAAUAGGCUGCGAAUGGGGUUCUUCCUGCAUAGCCCUUUUCCUUCAUCAGAGAUAUAUAGGACUCUUCCAGUGAGAGAAGAAAUUCUCAAGGCCCUACUUAAUUCUGACCUAAUUGGUUUCCAUACAUUCGAUUAUGCACGACAUUUCCUGUCCUGUUGUAGUCGCAUGUUGGGAUUAGAGUAUCAGUCAAAGAGGGGUUACAUUGGGCUUGAGUACUAUGGACGGACGGUGGGGAUCAAGAUUAUGCCAGUUGGGAUUCACAUGGGGCAGAUUGAAACCGUGCUUCAAGUAGCAGAUAAAGAGCGGAGAAUCGGAGAACUUAAGCAACAGUUUGAAGGUAAAACUGUUUUACUUGGUGUUGAUGAUAUGGACAUUUUUAAAGGUGUCAAUUUGAAACUUCUCGCAUUGGAGGAAAUGUUAAAACAGCAUCCGAAGUGGCAGGGAAGGGCAGUGCUGGUACAGAUUGCUAAUCCAGCUCGAGGAAAAGGAAAAGAUAUUGAGGAAAUACAAGAAGAAAUACAAACAAGCAUCAAAAGAAUCAAUGACAAGUUUAGACAGCCUGGUUAUGAACCCGUUGUGUUCAUUGAUCGCCCAGUUUCUCUUAGUGAACGGACUGCCUAUUACUCUGUUGCUGAGUGUGUAGUUGUAACAGCAGUAAGAGAUGGCAUGAACCUUACUCCAUAUGAAUACAUUGUCUGUAGGCAGGGCAUUCCUGGUUCAGACUGCACUGCAGAUUCCAAUGGUCUAAAAAGAAGCAUGUUGGUAGUGUCUGAGUUCAUUGGAUGUUCUCCUUCACUAAGUGGUGCUAUACGUGUUAACCCAUGGAAUGUGGAAGCAACAGCAGAAGCACUGAAUGAGGCAAUUUCAAUGGUUGAUGCUGAGAAGGUGUUGCGCCAUGAGAAGCAUUAUAAGUAUGUAAGUACACAUGACGUAGCUUAUUGGUCAAGAAGCUUUUUCCAGGAUCUGGAGAGAACUUGCCAAGACCAUUUCAGGCGACGUUGCUGGGGUAUUGGUUUGAGCUUCGGUUUUAGGGUUGUAGCACUUGAUCCUAAUUUCAGAAAGCUGUCCAUGGACUCCAUUGCUGCCUCUUACUCAAGAGCCAAAAAUCGGGCAAUAUUGUUGGAUUAUGAUGGUACUCUGAUGCCUCAAACAGCCAUCAAUAAGGUCCCAAGUCCCGAAGUUAUUUCAAUUAUUAACUCACUUUGUGGUGAUGAAAGAAAUACUGUGUUUCUGGUGAGUGGACGAGGAAGGGAUAGUUUAGGCCAGUGGUUCUCUCCGUGUGAGAAACUAGGCAUUGCUGCGGAACAUGGAUACUUCUUAAGGUGGUCUGCAGAUAAAGAAUGGGAUGUCGUUGGGCAGAGCAAUGAUUUCCAGUGGAUGCAGAUUGCUGAACCUGUUAUGAAGCAGUAUACAGAAGCUACAGAUGGGUCUUCCAUUGAAACUAAAGAAAGUGCUCUUGUUUGGCAUCAUCGGGAUGCUGAUCUUGGUUUUGGGUCUUGCCAAGCAAAAGAGAUGUUAGACCAUCUUGAAAGUGUGCUUGCGAAUGAGCCUGUUGCUGUGAAGAGUGGGCAGUUCAUUGUUGAAGUUAAGCCUCAGGGAGUGAGUAAAGGUCUUAUUGCGGAGAAAAUUUUCGAAACAAUGGCUGAGAGUGGCCGGCAGGCUGAUUUUGUGCUGUGCGUAGGUGAUGAUAGGUCUGACGAGGACAUGUUUGAGAUUAUUGGAAAUGCAAUAAAUAGUGGUAUAUUUUCUUCAAGCACAGAAGUUUAUGCUUGCACAGUGGGACAAAAGCCGAGUAAAGCCAAAUAUUAUCUUGACGACACGACAGAAGUUAGAACCAUGCUUCAUGCUCUUGUCGAGGAAUCUACUCCUCCACCUUCACCUGAAAUUGUAACAUAAAGCUCUAUUUGGAGUUAUAUCGUCUCCUGUUUUCUUGUCAGAGUAGACUUCACACUGUCUCCACCCUUUGAAGUUUUGCAAAGAAAUAUCCUUAGAGCUUGUCCUGACGUGUGAGACGUAUUACUUUCAAAGAUUGAAUGGAGAGAUAUUGUACAGAAUUCUUUGAGAGACCAUUGACUGAUGGGGUUGAGAUUAAACCGAUCCUAAAUGUUUCAAACCCAGAAGCACUGCUGUGAAGUUGACUCUGAUGGGAGAGCAAUGCCAAAUGGUGAAUAUAUAUGUGCUGCCCUUGUUGAAUACAUACCCACCCUUAUUCAAGUUCUUUUAAGGCGGCCACACCUUAGAAGCCUUGCGUGUGGCGAGAUGGAGCAUUGAUAAUCGUAACUUGCAUUAUUAGAUCAAAACUGUAAACAGGUGUUUUUUCUUCUUUUUUGUUUCAUUUAUUUAAGGAUCCUUCUUUUUCUCUCUAGGAGUGGACACCAAUUUGUUGGAUUCUCAUAAUUGUAAAUGCUAUAGAAAUUUACCA